UGGUUGAAGGCUCCUAUUUGGCGCCUAAGCGAGGAGCUGGUUGCUGGAGCUGGGGGACUCUGAACGCUAGAGGUGCGGGGCCGAAAGCCCAGCGACCGUUUGGCGUGACUUGGCAGUUGACGGGAUCACGGGACCGAGGCGCGUCCGUCAUGUUCUGCGAAAAAGCUAUGGAGCUUGUCCGCGAGUUACACCGUGCGCCGGAAGGGCAGCUGCCGGCCUUCAACGAGGACGGACUCAGACAAGUUCUGGAGGAAAUGAAAGCUUUGUAUGAACAAAACCAGUCUGAUGUGAAUGAAGCCAAGUCAGCUGGACGAGGUGAUCUGAUACCAACCAUCAAAUUUCGUCAUUGUUCUUUGUUAAGAAAUCGACGCUGCACUAUAGCAUACUUGUAUGACCGGUUGCUUCGGAUUAGAGCUUUGAGGUGGGAGUAUGGCAGUGUCUUGCCAAAUGCUUUACGAUUCCACAUGUCUGCUGAAGAAAUGGAGUGGUUCAACCAUUAUAAAAAGUCUCUGGCUACUUACAUGAGGUCACUGGGAGGAGAUGAAGGCUUAGACAUCACACAGGAUGUGAAACCCCCCAAAAGCCUAUACAUUGAAGUGCGGUGUUUAAAAGACUAUGGAGAAUUUGAAGUUGAAGAUGGUACUUCAAUCCUGCUUAAAAAAAAUAGUCAGCACUUUUUGCCUCGGUGGAAGUGUGAGCAGUUAAUCAGACAAGGAAUUCUAGAGCAUGUGCUGUCCUGACUGUGUCCUGUGGUGAUAACAGCAAGGCUCUGCCACAUGUGAAGCUAAGUCCAGUUUAUAUAAAUGUCCUUACUGGACCUCCAGAGUGCUUCUUUGAUUUUAAGUUUAUACACAUGCUUUAAGAUAACCAAGAGAGCUUGGGGUGUAGCUCGGUGGUAGAGCACUUGCUUAGCAUUUGAGAAACCCAUCCUUAUCACCCCAAAAGACAAGACAACAAAAAUCAAAGAGCAAAUUAUACCUGGAAUACUGGCUAGGAACAUAAUCUGCCAGCUGGUAAGCCUUUGUUAUAAGCUGUAUCUCUAGGCAUUCCAUUCCCACAGUAAAUGUACUUUUAUAAAUGAAAAUAAAGUCUUCAGUAUGAAUCUGUUUUCAUGAUGGGAUCACCUGGGUGGCACAUCUUCAGUGGGUUUUACAAGUGUAUGUUGUGCCUGCCAAGGAGCUGAGUUUCUGAAAUACAUGUUCCUACACCACUCCCUCAAGUAAAGAUGGUAAUUUAUCAUCAACCUAUUUGGGAAAGGAAAGGAAGACACCGUAAUUUGGAAUUUUUUGCAGUGGUUGCUCAAGACUGCCUGUAGGCGAGUUGGUACCAGUGUCAUGGCUUUGUUCUAAUAUGGACGAAAACUAUGUAUUUUUUCAAAAGUAUUGUUUCAAAAUAUUUAUCCAGUGGAAGAUGUAAACGUAGACUAGAGUAAGUCCCCAGAAAAGUUAUUUUGGCCAAGUGGCGGUUUCAGUAAGUUGAAGGUGAGGUUGAGCCUUCAGGAGCUGUGGGGGGCUGGAGGCUACACUGCUGAACAGGUCAGUUAUCCUAUGCAGACAGCAGCAUCCUUGUUUUUCUGAAGAUCAGUCCCAGAGGAAACCUCAGCACUGCUGAUGCUCUGCCUCAGCCUCCUGAAUGCUAAAAUUACAGUCUUGAGCUGCCUCACCCAGCUUCAGCUGUCUUUCUGGUUCUGGAUUCUCAUUCUUGUUCGUUUGCUUGAGACAGGAUCUCUGCAGUUCUGGCUGUCCAGGAACUCGAAGAGAUUCACCUGCCUCUACCUCAUGAGUGCUGGGAUUAAAGAUGUGCAUCCCUACAUCAGUUUAGUUUUGGCUUCUAAUUUGAUUUCAUUUAUA